AUGGCUAAAUUACGUAUUGCCGUUCAAGGAUGUUGUCAUGGUGAAUUGAAUUUGAUAUUCAAGAAGGUGAAGGAAUUGAAUGAUGAGAACCCAAUUGAUCUGUUAAUUAUUCUGGGAGAUUUCCAAUCGUUGAGAUCCGAAGAGGAUUUCAAAUCGAUUAGCAUGCCUGACAAGUACAAGAAACUAGGCGAUUUUAGUCAUUACUACAAUGACGAGAUCGAAGACCAUGGGCUAAUUCGUCCUCCUGUUCCAACACUCUUUAUCGGCGGUAAUCAUGAAUCUAUGAGACACCUAAUGCUAUUAAGCUAUGGUGGGUAUGCAGCUGAGAAUAUAUAUUAUCUAGGGUAUUCAAAUGUCAUUUGGUUUAAAGGCAUCAGAAUUGGUUCAUUGAGCGGGAUUUGGAAACCUUGGGGGGUCGACAAGACAAGACCAUCAUGGGAUGAAUUAGAAACUAGGGAUCUUUGGAGAGAGACAAUCAGAGACCUGUACCAUGUUAACAAACAAGAUUUAGCACCGUUGUUUUUAUUAAAAAAUGGUACCAGUGCUGCUAAUAGUAAUACACUGGAUAUAAUGUUAAGUCAUGAUUGGCCCAAUGGAAUCGUAUACCAUGGGAAUUACUAUGAGCUUUUAAGGAAAAAACCAUUUUUUGAAAAUGAUAUUAAAUCUAGAAGAUUGGGAAGUCCAAUAUCAUGGCAACUAUUAAGGAACAUAAAACCUAAAUGGUGGUUUUCAGCACAUCUCCAUGUAAAAUACGAGGCUAGUGUAAAGCAUACCAAAAGGAAAAUUAGUGGGAAACCUACCAAGACCAAAAAUAAAGAUGAAAUAGAGUUAGAUUUGUCGUCAUCUGAGGAGGACGACAACGACGAAGAAGAAGAAGAGAAAGAUAUUGUCACUAAUUUCAUGGCAUUGGAUAAAUGUCUACCACGUCGUCAACAUCUAGAAAUAGUUGAAAUCGAAACCAAUACAAAUCAUCAAUCGUAUAUUGAUUCUGGAUCCAUGUAUUGGGACCCAGAAUUCAUUAAAAAUUUACAAUACAUCAAUAAAAACCAAGAUAAGUUGAACAAAACCCCAUUCAAGGAAAUCAAUUGGAAUGAGUUGAUAAAAGAUAGCAACAUAGGGUUACCACCGAACGAUGGUAAUGCGACCAAUUCAAUCGAUUGGUCACUGUACAAAGUUCCAAGUUAUACAAAGGGGAUACAAAAGAGGGAAUCAGAGCAAACUCAAUGGUUCAUUGACAGACAUAUAAAUAAUUGUUGA